AUCACUCUCUAUUAUGUGGCCAUUGUAGUUUCCGCCACCCCAAAGGCCUCUCACUCAAAGUGCCAAACCCCACUUUUCACUUUGAUAAAUUUCCCACACACACACUGUACAUCUCUUUUCUCUUCACUCUUUAGCAUCAACAAUGGAGAGUUUAGCACUUCACUCUCCAUCAGCGACCACUUCCUUCUCUCGUCUCUCUUUCCACCACCUCCGAUCACGCCCCUCUUCCAUUUCCAUCCGAUCAUCUCCUUCCAUUUCAAGAUUCAAUAUUUCCUGUUCAAGAUUCAAUCUUUUUCACCCCAAACCUUUCCAUUUCAAUCCCCUUUCAAAGCCCACUUCAAGAAAUCAACAAUCUCCAAAACCCAUCAAUGCUUCCUCAGAUAAGGAAGUAAUUCCCAUAGAUGUCAACCCCCCAAAACCCCAAGGUGCAAAGCUCAUUCCUUUAAUCAUUUCUGUUUCAAUUGGUCUUAUUGUUCGUUUCUUUGUUCCAAAACCACCUGAAGUUACAGCUCAAGCAUGGCAAUUGCUCUCCAUUUUCCUUUCCACUAUUGCUGGUUUGGUCUUAAGUCCAUUGCCAGUAGGGGCAUGGGCUUUUCUUGGACUUACAACUUCAGUUUUAACCAAGACUCUAACUUUUUCAAGUGCAUUUAGUGCUUUUACUAAUGAAGUUAUUUGGUUAAUUGUGAUUUCUUUCUUUUUCGCCCGUGGGUUUGUUAAGACUGGUUUAGGAGAUCGAAUUGCGACAUAUUUUGUUAAGUGGUUAGGUAAGAGUACUCUUGGUUUGUCAUAUGGAUUGGCUUUAAGUGAGGCUUUGAUUGCACCUGCAAUGCCUAGCACUACUGCAAGAGCUGGUGGGGUGUUUUUGCCUAUUAUUAAGUCUCUCUCACUUUCCUCGGGAAGUAAACCGAAUGAUCCCUCCUCCAAGAAGCUCGGGUCUUACUUGAUCCAAUCUCAAUUUCAGUGUGCAGGUAACUCAAGUGCUCUUUUCCUAACUGCUGCAGCUCAAAAUCUACUCUGCCUCAAGCUAGCUGAGGAACUUGGGGUUGUAAUCGCAAACCCAUGGGUGUCUUGGUUCAAGGCUGCUAGUUUACCUGCAUUUAUUUCUCUAUUGGCUACUCCAUUCAUCUUAUACAAGCUUUAUCCUCCUGAAACCAAAGAUACACCAGAAGCCCCCGCUAUGGCAGCUAAAAAACUGAGUCUUAUGGGUCCCGUUACAAAAAAUGAAUGGGUGAUGAUUGGCACAAUGCUUCUUGCAGUGACUCUGUGGGUUUGUGGGGACGCUCUUGGUAUUGCGAGCGUUGUUGCUGCAAUGCUCGGCUUAUCAAUCCUCUUGCUGUUGGGAGUGCUCGAUUGGGAUGACUGUUUAAGUGAAAAAUCAGCAUGGGAUACUUUGGCUUGGUUUGCAGUCCUAGUUGGCAUGGCUAGCCAGUUGACAAACCUUGGUAUUGUUGGUUGGAUGUCUAGUUGUGUAGCUAAAUCCCUGCAGGCUUUAUCAUUGAGCUGGCCAGCUGCAUUCGGUGUUCUUCAAGCAUCAUACUUUUGUAUCCACUACUUAUUUGCAAGUCAAACAGGCCAUGUGGGAGCAUUAUACUCUGCAUUCCUUGCUAUGCAUUUGGCAUCUGGAGUGCCUGGUAUAUUGGCGGCUUUGGCUUUAGCUUACAACACAAAUCUAUUUGGUGCUUUGACGCAUUAUAGCAGUGGUCAGGCUGCUGUCUACUUUGGAGCUGGUUAUGUAGAUCUCCCGGAUGUCUUCAAAAUGGGAUUUGUAAUGGCACUCGUCAAUGCCAUUAUAUGGGGAGUCGUUGGGACAUUUUGGUGGAAGUUCUUGGGUCUAUACUGAUUCUAGUUUUUGGCUUAAGUAGAUUUUUUUCCCAUCUAUACACGCCCUUUGCGUUGUGGCAUUUUUAGCAACGACCUCAAAAUCAUUGACUCCUCGCGGAAGUACAAUCUCUAUAUCAGUGUUCAGCAUUUCUCCAUUGUAAUAUUCUUAAAACAUGUGAAGAAAAAAGCUGUAUUUUUUGCAGCCACUAUUUAGGAGCAAAUGUGAUUCAAAGUUA